GCCUACGUUCCGUUGUUUUGCAUUGUCAACUCUCCAUUCUUAAUGGCAUCAACAAGCUGCUGCUUCCAAGGAUCUGAAUGGGGUGGUGAGCCCAGUGGCGUAGAGGGCGAAUUGGCUGAAAAUGACACAUACAUCACUGGUCAAGAGUCGGAUAACGGUCUGGCCAUUUUGAUCAUCCACGACGCUUUUGGCUGGAAGUUUCGCAACAUUCGCUUGCUAGCUGAUAAGUUUGCUCGUGAACUGAAUGCCAUCGUCUAUGUCCCUGACUUCUUCGGCGGCAUGUCACUACCUUUUGAGCCAAUGCUCGAUGGAAGAUUCCAUGAAUUGGACCUCGACACCUUCAAUAAGGAAAAUUCUCGGGAGAAGCGAGAGCCUGAGAUUCUAGCAUGCGCUCAGGCUCUCAGAGCAACAAACAAGCAUGUCGCUGCCGUUGGAUUCUGCUUUGGCGGUUGGGGUUGUUUCCAUCUAGCUGCGAAAAAACAUGUCACCAAGGAUGGUCAUCCAUUGCUCGACUGUAUUUCUGUUGCUCACCCGUCACGAGUCACUACGGAAGAUGUUGACGCAGUGGCUGUUCCCAUUCAACUGCUUAUCCAAUUUGAGCCAGCAUUUACGGCUGACAUACAAUCAUACACCUUGUCAACACUCCCCAAGCUUGGAGUACCAUGGAAAUGGGAAUAUUUCCCCGGAGUUGAACAUGGCGCACUCAGUCGCGGAAAUCCCGAGAAGCCCGGGGAAGUGCAAGCUAUGAAGCGAGCGGCAACGUCGGUCAUCACCUGGAUCAAGACGUUCACCACAGAAUAAGAUGUUGGUAUAAGGGUCAUAUAAGGAAGAUUCGAGAGCCAUAUUGAACUCAUGCGUUCAUCUAGACAUGUUUCUCUUAGUAGCUUUCCACCCGGAUUGCUGGAGUCUUCGUCUAUUUCCG